GCAUAGUCACAGCGUUAUCCCCGCGCCGGGCACCCGAGCAGAGCUGCUAUAAGUACCGCUGCAGGCCCAGCAGCUUCACCACACAUGCAUCCUACAAGCUCUCGUUGAGCUAUACAUUACACGAGCUUGUCAGCUGAAGGUGAGCUAGUUAGCAUGGCGCGGUAUGCUGCGCUCGCCGCGCUCCUGCUCGCCGUGGCGGUGGGCGGCGCCGCGGCGCAGGGCGUGGGCUCCGUCAUCACGCAAUCGGUGUACGCGAGCAUGCUGCCCAACCGCGACAACUCGCAGUGCCCGGCCAGGGGGUUCUACACGUACGACGCCUUCAUCGCCGCCGCCAACACCUUCCCGGGCUUCGGCACCACCGGCAGCGCCGACGACGUCAAGCGCGAGCUCGCCGCCUUCUUCGGCCAGACCUCCCACGAGACUACCGGAGGGACGAGAGGCGCCGCCGACCAGUUCCAAUGGGGCUACUGCUUCAAGGAGGAGAUAAACAAGGCCACGUCUCCACCCUACUAUGGACGGGGACCCAUUCAAUUGACAGGGCAGUCCAACUACGAUCUCGCCGGGAGGGCGAUCGGGAAGGACCUUGUGAGCAACCCGGACCUGGUGUCCACAGACGCGGUGGUGUCCUUCAGAACGGCCAUUUGGUUCUGGAUGACGGCGCAAGGCAACAAGCCGUCGAGCCACGACGUCGCCCUAGGCCGCUGGACGCCGACGGCUGCCGAUACAGCUGCAGGUCGGGUGCCUGGAUACGGCGUAAUCACCAAUAUCAUCAACGGCGGGCUCGAGUGCGGCAUGGGCCAGAACGACGCCAACGUCGACCGCAUCGGCUACUACACGCGCUACUGCGGCAUGCUUGGCACGGCCACCGGAGGCAACCUCGACUGCUACACCCAGCGAAACUUCGCUAGCUAGACACUAUGGAUAGUGUAUGCACGUGUUACGAAUAAAGGGCUACACUCAUGAAUAAGGGGCAACACAUAUCCCAUCAUGAAAUAAAUAAUUCGAUAUGUGAUCCAGUUGAUCGUGUCGUAUGAUAAUACGAGUAAGUUGUUGUAACAAAUUAUGUAAAUUGUUCAAUAAAAUCAUAUCAUUACAACUGGUUUUUUAAA